AAAGGGAGUAGAAGAUGAAGCCUGCUCAUCUCUUGGCCUUUGCAGUUUUUGUGGUCCUCUGCAGAAGCAUGAAGCUGGUAUCCAAGAGAAAUUCAGUGGAUGGCUGCAUUGACUGGCUGGUGGACCUCAAGAGGUAUAUGGCCUUGGCAGGCGAGCCAGUGCGCGUGAAGUGCGCUCUCUUCUACAGCUAUAUCCGCACAAACUACAGCAUGGCUCAAAGCACGGGGCUCCGUCUGAUGUGGUACAAAAACAAAGGGGAUUUCGAAGAGCCCAUUAUCUUCUCAGAAGGGAGGAUCAACAAGGAUGAAGACUCCAUCUGGUUUCACACUGUGGAAGUCCAAGACAGCGGCUUUUACACCUGCGUCUUAAGAAACUCAACAUAUUGCAUGAAAGUAUCCAUGUCCUUGACGGUUGCCGAAAAUGAACUUGGACUUUGUUACAACAGCACAAUUCGUUACUUGGAAAAAUCAGAAAUCACCAGGACCAAAGUCAUUUCCUGCCCGGAUACCGAGGAUUACAAAACGGGCAAGCAAGAACAGGAUAUAAUCUGGUAUAAG